CAGAACAUGAACAGUUUGAGUGUGGCAUUUUCUUGGAGUACUGCAGAAAGCAAUAAAGAAGGAGAGAAUCAGCUCCUCCUUCCUCCGCGAAUAAAAGAGGCGUCUGGUUCUCUCUCCGUUUCGCGUUUCGCAGCUCCAAGAAAAUGGGUAGAUGGAUGAAGCCUGAGAUUUAUCCACUUCUUGUACCAGUUGGCUUUGCAGUGGGUAUUUGUGGCAUGCAGCUGAUCAGAAAUAUUUGCACCAACCCGGAAGUCAGGGUCACGAAAGAGAACAGAGCAGCCGGUGUUCUUCAAAACUAUGAAGAGGGUGAAAAGUAUGCGGACCAUGCCUUUAGGAAGUACCUUCGUGGCCAGCACCCGCAGAUCAUGCCAGGCAUCAACCGUUACUUCUCAAAACCUGAGUGAGCGCUGUUCUGAAGGCCAGUCGCCGUCUUCUUCUUGUUUGUAGCUUCUUGAGUUGAUUUCUGCAAGCAGAUCUUAGGCCAUAUAAUUGGAAAGAUAUUAAAAAAAAACAUGUAGAGGGUAAUAAAGCCUGGUUGUGCUCUGUCUCAGUUGUAAUGCGUCAAAAAACAAGUCUAAUUUCUUGAAUUUUGAAUAAAGAAUGUGUAAUUUGAUUUUGUUGAGCAAUGGAAUAAUUUUCUGAAUA